AUGAUGGGGUUAGUCUAGCCGCCAUCUUGGAUUCCGCGGUAGCGGCGGCGGCAGUAGGGCGCCGCUUCUGGGGAGUGGUUCCCCCCCCGCCCCGCGCUCGGUGGCGGCGGCUCCUCCCACUGUGGGGGGGGGUGGCGCGGCGGCGGCGACACCUAGGUCAUGGCGGCAACUACUGCUAACCCAGCUGCCAUUCACUGAUAACUGGCAGGGGGAAGAGGAACAUCUCUCCUGACCAGAAAAAUGACAUCAGAUGUACCAUCACUGGGUCCAGCCAUUGCCUCUGGAAACCCAGGGCCUGGGAUUCAAGGUGGGGGAGCCAUUGUCCAGAGGGCUAUUAAGCGUCGAGCAGGGCUGGAUUUUGAUGAUGAUGGAGAAGGGAAUGGUAAAUUUUUGAGGUGUGAUGAUGAUCAGAUGUCUAAUGAUAAGGAGCGGUUUGCCAGGUCGGAUGAUGAGCAGAGCUCUGCGGAUAAAGAGAGACUUGCCAGGGAAAAUCACAGUGAAAUUGAACGGCGGCGAAGGAACAAGAUGACAGCUUACAUCACAGAACUGUCAGACAUGGUGCCCACCUGUAGUGCCCUGGCUCGAAAACCAGACAAGCUGACCAUCUUACGCAUGGCUGUUUCUCAUAUGAAGUCCUUACGGGGAACGGGCAACACAUCCACUGAUGGCUCCUACAAGCCAUCUUUCCUCACUGAUCAGGAACUGAAACAUUUGAUUUUGGAGGCAGCAGAUGGCUUUCUGUUUAUUGUCUCAUGUGAGACAGGCCGGGUGGUGUAUGUCUCAGAUUCAGUGACUCCUGUUUUGAACCAGCCACAAUCAGAAUGGUUUGGCAGCACACUGUACGAUCAGGUGCACCCAGAUGAUGUGGACAAACUUCGGGAGCAGCUUUCCACUUCGGAAAACGCCUUGACAGGGCGCAUCCUGGAUCUAAAAACUGGAACAGUGAAAAAAGAAGGUCAGCAGUCUUCCAUGAGGAUGUGUAUGGGCUCAAGGAGAUCAUUUAUUUGUCGAAUGAGGUGUGGUAAUAGCUCUGUGGACCCAGUCUCCAUGAAUAGACUGAGCUUUGUGAGAAAUAGAUGCAGGAAUGGACUUGGCUCUGUGAAGGAUGGAGAACCUCACUUUGUAGUGGUCCACUGCACAGGCUACAUCAAGGCCUGGCCUCCGGCAGGUGUUUCCCUCCCAGAUGAUGACCCAGAGGCUGGCCAGGGGAGCAAGUUUUGCCUGGUUGCCAUUGGCAGAUUGCAGGUAACUAGUUCUCCUAACUGUACAGACAUGAGUAAUGUUUGUCAGCCGACAGAGUUCAUCUCCCGCCACAACAUUGAGGGGAUAUUCACUUUUGUGGAUCACCGUUGCGUGGCCACUGUUGGCUACCAGCCACAGGAACUGUUAGGAAAGAAUAUUGUAGAAUUCUGUCAUCCUGAAGACCAGCAGCUUCUAAGAGACAGCUUCCAACAGGUGGUGAAGUUAAAAGGCCAGGUGCUGUCUGUCAUGUUCCGGUUUCGGUCUAAGAAUCGAGAAUGGCUCUGGAUGAGAACCAGCUCCUUUACCUUCCAGAACCCUUACUCAGAUGAAAUUGAGUACAUCAUCUGUACCAAUACCAAUGUAAAGAACUCUAGCCAGGAACCACGGUCUACCCUGUCUAACACCGUCCAGAGGUCUCAGCCAGGUCCCACAGCUAAUUUACCCCUAGAGAUGGGCUCAGGGCAGCUGGCACCCAGGCAGCAGCAACAGCAAACAGAACUGGACAUGGUACCAGGAAGAGAUGGAUUGGCCAGCUACAAUCAUUCCCAGGUUUCUGUUCAGCCUGUGGCAUCUACAGGGCCAGAACAUGGCAAGACCCUUGAAAAGUCAGAUGUUCUGUUUGCCCAGGAUAGAGAUCCAAGAUUUUCAGAAAUCUAUUCUAACAUCAGUGCGGAUCAGAGUAAAGGCAUCUCCUCCAGCACUGUCCCUGCCACCCAACAGCUGUUCUCCCAGGGCAGCUCAUUCCCUCCUAACCCCCGGCCGGCCGAGAAUUUCAGGAAUAGUGGUCUGGCCCCUCCUGUAACCAUUGUCCAGCCAUCAUCUUCUGCAGGACAGAUGCUGGCCCAGAUUUCCCGCCACCCCAACCCUUCCCAGGGAGCAGCCCCAACCUGGACCCCUAGUACCCGCUCAGGCUUCUCUGCCCAGCAGGUUGCUACACAGGCUGCAGCUAAGACUCGUUCUUCGCAGUUUGGUAUAGGCAACUUUCAGACUCCGUCCUCCUUCAGCUCCCUGUCUCUUCCUACUGCACCCACUGCAUCCCCCAGUGCCGCUGCCUACCCUGCCCUCACCAGUCGUGGAUCCAGCUUUGCUCCUGAGGCUGGACAGACUGCAGGACAAUUCCAGACACGGACAGCAGAGGGCGUGGGUGUCUGGCCACAGUGGCAGGGCCAACAGCCUCAUCAUCGGUCGAGUUCUAGUGAGCAACAUGUUCAGCAGCCAUCAGCACAACAACCUAGCCAGCCUGAGGUCUUCCAGGAGAUGCUGUCCAUGCUGGGAGACCAGAGCAGCAGCUACAACAAUGAAGAAUUUCCUGAUCUAACUAUGUUUCCCUCCUUUUCAGAAUAGAACUAUUGGGGUGAGGAUAAGGGGUGGGGGAGAAAAAAUACUGUUUGUUUUUUAAAAGCAAAUCUUUUGUAAACAGAAUAAAAGUUCCUCUCUCCCUUCCCUUCCCUCACCCCUCAGGUGUACCCUCUCUCCCUGCUGAACCUUCCUUGCUCCUGCCCUUGCCUCUCUGAAAUAACGUUUGUAGAAGAAGUGAAAUGAAUCCCCAAGGCCUUUAGCACUCUGAAAAUUGAGGCUAGGUGAGGUAGAAUGUGUCCUCACAUCUCCUGACCAGGAGAUUUCUGCCAGGGUCAAGGGACAGGUUAGAAGAACCUACACCUACUAUUUGCCUUAGAGACUAUGGCCUAUUUUGGAAAGAAAUUCUGAACGGAGUAGAGGAGAAGGAAAAAUAUCCUCACAGUUGAGGACCAUGAAACAUGGUAUUAUGGGGCUUUAGGAAGACAGCAUAGGUUCUUUCUGUUACCUGUGAGCAUUUCUUCUGGAAAGAAACGUGAGAGUGAGCAUAGGUGCGUCUGUGUGUGUGUGUGUGUGUGUGUGUCUGUGUAUUUCUGUGUUUCUUUCUCCCUAUGAGGGAGUUAUGCAAAUCUGUCCCAGAUUUUAUCUUUGUCCUUCCGUGUGCUCUUCAAAGUUCUAAGGAAUUAAAUCUUCCAAGUAUUCUCCACUUAGUAUUGCAGCCAAAGAGUAUUUAAAUAAAUAUCUUUGCUGCACUUAUAUCUGUACCCAGCCAAUGUGCAACUAUAGGCAAAGUCUUGUUGAUAAUGGUUGGCCUCUUACCAAACAUAUUCAGUGAUAAAGCUGGAUCAGUCCCGCUUUUGGUGCUCACCUCACUUGGAAAGAUCGGCAAACAUUACCAAAAUAGGCUGGCAAGAGAAACACUUUUAGAAACCUUAGACUUGUCCAUAAGGAUAAUGCUGCAUUUUUCUGUCAGAAUCACAUGUGAUGUGUGUUGUAUAGAGGUUAUUUCUGCCUGGAAACUCAACUUCUUGGAUUAACAGUCCCAGUGAAGAUCCUCACUGCUGGAGUGUAAAACAAAUACAAAGCCUCUUGCAAAGUAGCCUCCUUCUUCCCAUCCUCAAAAAUCUGUCCUCUAGCGAGAAGCAGAUUGCAGCCUCCUCUGGCCAGUAGGUCUUUCCUCUUUGCCCUGCUCCAGUCUUGAGGUUGGAUUUUGCUUUAGAGCACAAGUGUAAAAGUUCUGGGUGCUGUGAGGUCCUGGACUCCCACCCAGCAGGGUCACUUGGUGAUUAUAGCCAUAUAAAUGUGGAUACAGGUGACCACUCACCCUUUACCUUCCUCAGGUAAAUCAUGUGUACCAGCCUUUAAAAUUUUUUUAAACCGGCUCCAGCUAGCAUGUAAGUGCAAGACUGAGUUAAUUGGAAGACAUUAAGUGAAUUCAUAGGAGACUGAGGAGCACAGUCGGCCUUGGAGAGGCUGAGGGAUGUCACUUACUGGUUUCUUCCUUUUGUCUCCAGUCUGGUGCCAGGUAGUGGAGUGGAAAGGAGACAAUUUAUUUUUUUAUGCUAUGUGCACACAUACAGUAUACGUAUAUAUUUAUAUCACAAUUUACGAAAUCAAAAAGUUGAGUUUCUGAUGGAAUCCUUGUUUUUUAAUCAAUUGUUUUUAAAUGUGAUCAAGAGUAUAAUAUUGUACAGUUAUUGUAGGGUUUGGGGGGAGGAUCUGGGAGGGAGAAGAUGCUCUGGGGGUUUUGUUUCUGUUUUUCCUUCAGGGUUUUAUUUUUGAUUGUUUUGUUUUUUUGUUGGCCAUUUCUGUAUUGCUGGCAUCUGUGCUAAUACAGUGGCAAAAAUAAUGACAUGUAGCAAAGAUUUUAAAACAAAAUAUUUUUUCCUUUUGUAAAAGUUCUUGUGUUGUGUGAUCUCGAUUGCGACUUUAUUAUUAUUCCUUUUCAGCUCAUAAACAGCAGACAUUCACAACUAAAGGAAUCCAUAGAUUGAGCUCCAAACAUACAGACACAUAGUGUGAGCCUUACAUUUCAGGAAUCAGACAUCAUAGGGCUUCGCUCACUCAGCUCCCUUCCUUCUCACUUGUCCUCCUGAUCCUGACGCAUUCUGAGUAAGAUCGCCAAGGACAUUCUGACUACACUGUGUGGGGGUGGAGGUUGCCCAAGCCUUUGAGAGAGACGGCCGAAGAGUUGGGAUUUGAAAUCACUGGGCACAUCUGGAUACCUCUCUCCCUAUUAUGUCCUUUGGAUUAAAAAGAAUUAGGGAUUGGGAA